GGGAAGCGUCAGUUAGGGAACGGCGACCAAUCAGAAACAGGAGAGGGCGGAGCUAAGCGGGGAAUUUCGUGAUUUCCUGGUUACAGUCAAGCGCUUGCAGAAUGAAUGUGGGCGUCGCUCACAGCGAGGUGAACCCCAACACGCGGGUGAUGAACAGCAGAGGGAUUUGGCUCACCUACCUGCUGCUGACCGUCGUCUUACACAUCGUCUUACUGAGCAUCCCGUUCCUCAGCGUGCCAAUCGUGUGGACCUUAACCAAUGUCAUUCACAAUCUGGCCAUGUAUGUGUUCCUUCACACGGUAAAGGGGACUCCGUUUGAGACACCAGACCAGGGAAAAGCCCGCUUGCUCACUCACUGGGAACAAAUGGAUUACGGCAUCCAGUUCACAUCUUCAAGAAAAUUCCUCACCAUUUCACCCAUAGUGCUGUACAUUCUGGCCAGCUUUUACACCAAAUAUGAUGCCACCCACUUCCUGAUCAACACAAGCUCCCUUCUUAGUGUCCUUCUGCCCAAGCUGCCUCAGUUCCAUGGAGUGCGUCUGUUUGGUAUCAAUAAAUACUGAAGCAAAGUUCAGAGUGGUCAUCAAGAGGUAAAGGAACAGUAGUGAAGAAAAUGUCUGUCUCUUGGUUUAAUGCCUUUUCUUAAUACAAGCUGACGGUCAAGAAGCAGCACUGAUCUGAACUUCUUACACUGUAUCGAAAAGGACUUGUGGCAGUGCACUGGUGUUUGAAUUUUAUAUUAAUUUCUCCCAUCUUUUUUUUUUUGUGUUUUACUGGAAAUGCAUUCCAGACUAUGAAUUCACUUCUAGUGCAGGUGAAGUUUAUAUUUAUUUAUUCAUUUAGUUGAAACCUUUAUGCAAAGAGACUUAAAUGAGGCAGAAUCCAGUAACAGAGCUGAUAAAGGAGCUGACUGAGUUUUCAUCAAGGAAAAAUAAAAAUAGCCACAACUACACACAUGGAUUGGGGAUAAGAGUUAGUGCACCAACCCCUACCCCUACCCAUCCCCCCACCCCACCCCAGUUCACAAAUUUAAUGAGUGAAAUGAUUAAUGACAAUCGUUGAAGUUUGACCUCUGUAACAGUGAUGCACAAUAAUAGAGUAAUAUAUGUAAUUAUAUGAUAUCUAGGUUAUCAGUCAGCUAACAGGUACCAGUAUGACCAAAGCACACUGUAGAUAGACAUAAACGCGUGUAUGUGUGUCUGGACUGACGUUAACAUGCUCUCGCAGGAGUUCAGUGUAGAGGUGUGCAUCCGGACUGGGAUCCAGACCCGCAAGAGCCAAUAAAAAAGAUGUGAGGGCAAGUGUUUUUUUUUUUUUUUUUUUUUACUGUCAUAAGGGCGGUCAUAUAUGAAAGGUUAAAGAAAGGCCAAUUUCAUUAACAUGGGAGUGUAUGCUGCUUUCUGAGGCAGGUUGCUUGAACGACGCUGUGUUAAUUAAUAUUUUGCCAAAUAGAACCAAUUAAGUUUGUUAGAAAAUAUCACAGGUAUGUGCAAACAAGCGGGAUCGGUUAGACCUUCUGCGGGAGUGGGUGGGAUCGGUUAGACCUUCUGUGGGAGUGGGUGGGAUCGGUUAGACCUUCUGCGGGAGUGGAUGGGAUCGGUUAGACCUUCUGUGGGAGUGGGUGGGAUCGGUUAGACCUUCUGCGGGAGUGGGUGGGAAUGGUUAGAAUUCUUUUUGGCGGUGUGGGGUUGGUCAUACUUUCUGUGGGAGCGGGCAGAUUUGGUCAAACUUUAUGCGGUUGGGGGGUGGGAUUGGUCAAAAUUUCUGUGAGUUGGGGGUGGGAUUGGUUUGAAUGCUUCUAGGAGCAGGCAGAACUGGUCACAUUUUCUGCUGGAAAGAGAAGUUGAACUUUUGGCAGGAUUGGUCGAAUGUUCUGUGGGAGGGGGCGCAGGUGGGAUUGGUUAGAAUUCUUCUGGAAGUGAAUAGGAUUGGUUAGAGCUCUUUCAGGAGCAGGUGGCAUUGGUUGAAUUUUCUGCUGGAGUGAGCAAGAUUGGUCAAGACACUGCAGGAGUGGGUGGCAAUGAUUGAACUUUCUGUGGAAGCAGACUGGUCAAAAUUUUUGCAGGAGUGGGCGGAAUUGGUCAGAAUGUUUUUUAAGAAGCGGGUGGGACUGGUCAGAAUUCUUUCGAGAGUGGGCAGGAUUGGUCAAAGUGAUUUCGGGAGUGGGCAGGAGGAUUGAGCAGAAUGAUUUAAGGAGUGGGAGGGAUUGAUCAGAAUGAUUUAAGGAGUGAGCAGGAUUGGUCAGAAUUCUUUUAGAAGUGUGUGGGAGUGGGAUUUUAAAAAAACAGUCCUGUGUAAACCUCUAGUUGAGUGUGCAGGUGUCUCCUGAAACCUGAGAGAAGAAUCUUAUCUGCACAGCUGCACAGUCUAGUUUUAGACCUGCUUUCACCGAACACCUUUCACCCUCUGGUCAUAGUGAUCAGGAUACAGUGCAGUCCCAGUUGAGCUCGAAUGUUUGAGUGAUGAAAGGCCCACUGCAGGCGGUGUGUGCUUUUUCAUUAGGAAAUAAAAUGUAUGUCUUCUUGAUUGCUGCUGUCCAGUUCCAGAUUCCUGAACCUGAUUUCUCUCCUUCCCAAAAAAAAAAAAACCUGUUUGGUAGCAAACCAAAAUGGUCACUUCGCACUAAAUAUUAGAUUACUAGAAGUGAUUCAUUAAUUUCAGCCUUUUUUGCUACCAUCAUUGGUAUCAAUCUAAGCCAACUCUCAUCUCUGGAAGCCUUCUGCUUGAUGCUGAUAUUGUAGUCUCUUCAUUUGUUUUGUCUUUGAAGUGCCUUGUUUCACAUUUAUCGACUUAUUUUAUAUGUAUAAAUUCUCAGUCAUUUUCUAGAUUCUGUCAGUGCAUUGCAAAACAUGGAUUUUUGUUAGCUGUGUGUGAUAUUUAUGCAGGCUGCUGAGGUCAUUAAAAUGUGUACUGUUAAUGUCUCAGUGAGUAGCACAUUACAUGUCAAAGGACCAGUUUUGAGUCUCAGUUGUAAUCCUGAAGCAUGUUAUUGCAGGAAUGAUUGCAUGCCAUUGAAUAAACAGUAACCAAAAUUUCUCAAAGUUUUAAAAACACUUCUCUGCACUUAUGAUAUUCUACAGCUACAGUUCUUAAUGAAAGAAAAAAAACAGGUUGGCAUACUGUAUUUAUUUUUGGAUACUACAGAAUUUUUUUUUUAAUUUGUAGCCACGAAUGUUGAUGCUCAUGAUGAAUGAUCCCUGUUCACAUGUUUGUGUAUGUAUUUUCACAUUUAGAGAUGAUUAUUAAUUAUAUUUCAUUUCUUGGUCAGUUAUAUAACAAGGCUCAAGUGUGGGCAAUGAAUGAUGUACUGUACAUAUCACACUGUCGAUUAUAAAUCCUCAAAUAAUAGCAUAACUUGUCUGUUUUCUAUUGUUAAUAAUGUAAAUAUUUAUCAACUGCAGAAAGGGUCAUUUAAAAUGCAAUAAAACUAAACUUCU